AUUUAAGAUUAGCUAGUUUUUGCCACUGACCUGCUAAUAAUAUAAUAACUUUUAAAAUAAACAUUAUUUAGUGAAUGGCGAUUAGUAGUUUGUUUUUAUGUUGAUAAUUAGUCAGCAUAAAUUGGGACUAUUUGCCGGGCGGUAGUUCCUGCUGACGGAGGUCGCCAUAUUGGAAACUAGUUGGCACAUAUCUAUUUUUCAGUAGCGAAAAGCAUCUUAAAACAUAUUUAUUUAAUAAUAUACGUAUAGUUUGAAUAAGACGUUUACGGGGUAUGUCGCAACAGUUUCCAAUCCGCUUUCAGGAGCAUGUGCAGCUUCAAAAUAUCGGCAUCAAUGCCGCGAACAUCGGAUUCUCCACACUCACGAUGGAGUCGGACAAGUACAUCUGUGUCCGAGAGAAGGUCGGCGAGACGGCACAGGUUGUUAUCAUCGACCUUGCUGAUACCGCUAAUCCAAUACGCCGGCCAAUCACAGCUGACUCAGCUGUGAUGAACCCCGCCAGCAAAGUAAUUGCAUUGAAGGCGGGCAAAUUGCUGCAGAUUUUCAAUAUUGAGAUGAAGAGUAAAAUGAAAGCACAUCAGAUGGUGGAUGAGAUACAGUUCUGGAAGUGGAUCAAUGUUAACACUGUAGCAAUGGUCACCGAAACUGCAGUUUAUCACUGGGCAAUGGAUGGAGACUCGCAGCCGGUAAAGAUGUUCGACAGGCACUCGAGUUUGGCUGGAUGUCAGAUCAUCAACUACAGAACUGACUCGAAGCAACAGUGGCUGCUGGUCAUUGGCAUAUCUGCACAGCAAAACCGUGUGCAGGGUGCCAUGCAGCUGUACUCCGUUGAGAGAAAGGUCAGUCAGCCGAUAGAGGGCCACGCUGCCGCAUUUGCGCAGUUUAAGAUGGAGGGCAAUGCACAGGAGUCGACCCUGUUUACAUUUGCAGUCAGAGGAGCAGCAGGUGGCAAGCUACACAUCAUAGAGGUAGGAUCAGCGCCAACGGGAAACACACCAUUCCAGAAGAAGACGGUUGAUGUGUUCUUUCCACCCGAGGCACAGAACGACUUUCCUGUUGCCAUGCAGGUGAGCCAGAAGUACGACGUCAUUUUCCUGGUCACCAAGUACGGUUACAUCCACUUGUACGACCUCGAGCUAGGUACCUGCAUCUACACGAACCGCAUCAGCGGCGAGACCAUCUUUGUGACGGCACCUCAUGAUGCCACCAGCGGCAUUAUUGGAGUGAAUAGGAAGGGCCAGGUGUUGUCGGUGAGCGUGGACGAGGACACCAUCGUUCCCUACGUGACCAACGUGCUGCAGAACCCGGACCUCGCUCUGCGCAUGGCGGUGCGAAACAACCUCGCCGGCGCCGAGGAGCUGUUUGUGCGCAAGUUCGACACGCUGUUCAACCAGGGCAGCUACUCGGACGCGGCCAAGGUGGCCGCUAGCGCCCCCAAGGGCAUCCUGAGAACUCCACAGACGAUCCAGAAGUUUCAGCAGGUUCCUACUCAGGCGGGCCAGACGUCGCCGCAGCUGCAGUACUUCAGCAUCCUGCUGGACCAGGGCCAGCUGAACAAGUACGAGUCGAUCGAGCUGUGCCGUCCCGUACUGCAGCAAGGUCGCAAGCAGCUGAUCGAGAAGUGGCUGAAGGGCGAACAGCUUGAAUGCAGUGAGGAGCUUGGUGACUUGGUGAAGCAGGCUGACCCAACUCUAGCACUCGCCGUUUACCUACGGGCCAAUGUACCGAACAAAGUGAUCCAGUGCUUUGCGGAGACGGGACAGUUCCAGAAGAUCAUCCUCUACUCGAAGAAGCUGGGCUUCACACCGGACUACAUCUUCCUGCUACGCAGUGUGAUGAGGGUCAGCCCCGACCAGGGACUGCAGUUCGCGCAGAUGCUGGUCGCAGACGAGGAGCCACUCGCCGAAAUCAACCAGAUUGUCGACAUCUUCAUGGAGUCGAACCUGAUUCAGCAGUGCACGUCCUUCCUACUCGACGCUCUGAAGAACAACCGGCCGUCAGAGGGCGCUCUGCAGACUCGUCUCCUUGAGAUGAACCUCAUGUCAGCACCUCAGGUCGCUGAUGCCAUACUUGGCAACCAGAUGUUCACGCACUACGAUCGCGCGCACAUCGCUCAGCUCUGCGAGAAGGCCGGUCUCCUUCAGAGGGCGCUGGAACACUACACGGACCUGUACGACAUCAAGCGUGCUGUAGUUCACACGCACCUGCUGAACCCCGAGUGGCUGGUGGUCUACUUCGGAUCGCUGUCGGUGGAGGACAGCUUGGAAUGCCUGAAGGCGAUGCUGACGGCUAACAUCCGCCAGAACCUGCAGAUAACCGUGCAAGUCGCUACCAAGUACCACGAGCAGCUCACCACAAACUCCCUCAUCGAUCUGUUUGAAUCCUUCAAGAGCUUUGAAGGUCUUUUCUAUUUCCUUGGUUCUAUUGUCAACUUUAGCCAGGACCCAGAAGUGCACUUCAAGUACAUUCAGGCCGCGUGCAAGACCGGACAGAUCAAGGAGGUGGAGCGCAUCUGCCGCGAGAGCAACUGCUACGAUCCCGAGCGCGUGAAGAACUUCCUCAAGGAGGCGAAGCUGACCGACCAGCUGCCGCUGAUCAUCGUCUGCGACCGCUUCGACUUUGUGCACGACCUCGUGCUCUACCUGUACCGCAACAACCUGCACAAGUACAUCGAGAUCUACGUGCAGAAGGUGAACCCUAGCCGACUGCCCGUGGUCGUCGGAGGCCUUCUCGACGUCGACUGCUCGGAGGACACCAUUAAGCAGCUGAUAGUCGCCGUGAAGGGUCAGUUCUCUGUGGACGAACUCGUUGCUGAAGUAGAAAAGAAGAACAGGAUGAAACUGCUGCUGCCUUGGUUGGAAAGCAAGGUGCAUGGUGGCAGCACAGAGACAGCUACCCACAACGCUCUGGCAAAGAUCUACAUUGACAUGAACAACAAUGCGGAGCGCUUCCUCAGAGAGAACAAGUACUAUGACAGUGCUGUUGUUGGGAAAUACUGUGAGAAACGUGACCCGCACCUGGCCUGCAUUGCUUAUGAACGAGGCCAAUGUGACUUGGAGCUGAUCAAGGUUUGCAAUGAUAACUCGCUGUUCAAAAGCGAGGCACGAUAUCUUGUGAAGCGUCGUGAACCGGACCUCUGGGCUUCGGUUCUUCAAGAGGACAACCCGUUCCGGCGUCAGCUUAUUGACCAGGUGGUGCAGACGGCGCUCUCUGAGACGCAGGAUGCCGAGGAGAUCUCGGUCACCGUGAAGGCGUUCAUGGCCGCAGACCUUCCCAACGAGCUCAUCGAGCUGCUAGAGAAGAUCAUACUGGACACGUCCGUGUUCAGCGAUCACAGGAACCUGCAGAAUCUGCUCAUACUGACCGCGAUCAAGGCCGACCGCACGCGCGUCAUGGAGUACAUCAACCGGCUGGACAACUACGACGCGCCGGACAUCGCCAACAUCGCGAUCAGCAACGAGCUGUACGAGGAAGCCUUCGCAAUCUACAAGAAGUUUGACGUGAACGCCUCGGCGUGUCAGGUUCUCAUCGAGCACAUCGGCGACCUAGAUCGCGCGUACGAGUUUGCCGAGCGCUGCAACGAGCCGGCCGUCUGGUCGCAGCUCGCCGGCGCUCAGCUGCAGGGUGGACUCGUCAAGGAGGCAGUUGACUCGUACAUCAAGGCCGACGACCCGUCCUCCUUCAUGGAGGUGGUCGAGACGGCCAAGAGGCUCGACAACUGGGAGGAUCUAGUUCGCUAUCUACAGAUGGCCCGCAAGAAGUCGCGAGAGUCCUUCAUCGAGACAGAGCUGGUGUACGCUUACGCGAGGACCAACCGACUCGCCGACUUGGAAGAGUUCAUCUCGGGUCCAAAUCAUGCGCAAGUACAGCAGGUCGGCGAUCGCUGCUUUGACGAUGGCAUGUACGAGGCGGCCAAGCUCCUCUACAACAACGUGUCCAACUUCGCUCGCCUCGCCAUCACACUCGUGCACCUGAAGGAGUACCAGGGGGCAGUGGACAGCGCGCGCAAGGCCAAUAGCACGAAAACCUGGAAGGAGGUGUGCUUCGCUUGCGUUGACAAUGAGGAGUUCCGGCUGGCGCAGAUGUGCGGCCUGCACAUCGUCGUUCACGCCGACGAGCUGGAGGAGCUCAUCAACUACUACCAGGACCGUGGCUUCUUCGAGGAGCUCAUCCAGCUGCUGGAGGCUGCGCUAGGCUUGGAGAGAGCACACAUGGGCAUGUUUACCGAACUGGCGAUACUAUAUUCCAAGUAUAAACCGCAAAAGAUGAAGGAACAUUUAGAAUUGUUCUGGUCACGUGUUAACAUUCCGAAGGUGCUGCGGGCAGCCGAACAGGCCCAUCUCUGGGCAGAGUUGGUGUUCCUCUACGAUAAAUACGAUGAGUUUGACAACGCGUGCCUGACCAUGAUGAGUCACCCGACAGAUGCGUGGAGGGAAAGUCACUUCAAGGACAUCAUCACAAAGGUGGCUAACAUUGAGCUGUACUACAAAGCCAUCCAGUUCUACCAAGACUAUAAGCCAAUGCUGCUGAAUGACCUUCUGCUAGUGUUGACACCACGGCUGGAUCACACGCGUACUGUCAGCUACUUUAAAAAGGGCAAUCAGCUGCCGUUAGUGAAGUCAUACCUCCGCUCGGUCCAAAGUCUGAACAACAAGGCGAUAAAUGAAGCCCUCAAUGACCUGCUAAUGGAGGAGGAGGAUUACAGUGGUCUGCGCACGUCGAUCGACGCGUUCGACAACUUUGACAACAUCGCGCUGGCGCAGCGGCUGGAGAAGCAUGAGCUGAUCGAGUUCCGUCGCAUUUCCGCCUACCUCUACAAGGGCAACAAUCGCUGGAAGCUCGCCGUCGAGCUCUGCAAGAAGGACCGCCUCUUCAAGGAUGCGAUGGAGUAUGCUGCAGAAUCUCGUGACGUUGACACGGCCGAGAGCCUGAUCGGCUGGUUCCUGCAGGAGCGCAAUUACGAGUGCUUUGCGGCAGCGCUGUUCCAGUGCUACGACCUGCUGCGGCCGGACAUCAUCCUCGAGCUCGCCUGGAGAAACAAGAUCACCGAUUUUGCGAUGCCCUACAUGAUCCAGGUCAUGAGAGAGUACAUAUCAAAGGUGGAUAAGCUGAUGGAGGCUGAAGCGGUGCGGUCACAAGAAGAAUCUAGUACGCAGGAGCAACCACAGCCUCUAGUUCUAGACCAGGGGCCCUUAAUGCUCACCUCCGGUGUGGGAAUGGGGAUGCCUCCUGCUAACCAAUAUGGAGUAUCGUACGCCGCACCGCAAACUCAAUACGGAGGCUACGGAAUGUAAGGAGAGCCAGCACCCUGAGCCCAUUCCUAGAACAUGAUGCAGAGCGUUUAUUUUGCAAAAUAAUUUAGUAAUGACGUACAAUUGUAAUAGGAAAGAUGAUACUGUGCCUGAGAUAGCAGUGAUUUAUGAAGAUAUAUUAUAUAUACCAUUUGCUUGUUCAGAUAUAUGCUUGGAAGCUGACAAAUAGUCAUCUGUAUGUACAUCUAUAGGCAGGGAUUCGGAACGAUCUCACGGGCAGCUCAGCAAAUAGUCGCAAUAGUUAUUCAAGCCGGUGUUUUUCAAACUUGUUCGGUGUAAUCUACAAUAGUGCCACCAUGGCAAAAUGUUUUCGUGGUGAAAAGCGCACAAUUAACCUAGCAUUUGGUACCAUAUGAGAAAUAUUUACAUAAUAGCAGUGGUAGUGUGUGCAAUCAGUAUGCAAUGCUAUCUGUGUCCGUUGGUCUGUCUAUGGGUAAGACGUGCCCAUACUGCGCCCAGUGUGCUUUAGACACCCUCGCCUCGUGUUAACCCUGAUCAUCACCUUUUUAUUGCAAUUUCAUCUUCACUUGUGUUUUCAUCUCGCCUGCACGAAACUAUUCGUAAUGGAUUUUCUGUGAGCACCCACUUCUGUGAAUAGUGCUUUUCAACCUCGUGCCAUGAUUCCUUGCCGUUGACAUGUUUCCGCCGGUGAUGUUGAGGAGGCAUCCACAACUCAAUUAGAGUUUAUGUUUACAGUCCAUUUGGUGGUAGCGUCUUGAAAAUUCCCAGGUGUGAUUCUUAUAUGUAUGAAAUUACAUUGUACUGUGCACACUGUACGCCAGCAUGAUGUAGGAUGCAAAAACUAGUGGCUAUUCUGUGUGGAGUUAACUCUGAAAUCCUCCUGCAUGCCUCGCACGAGUCGUAUGCUCUGUUGGAUGUGUGGGGGAAUUCGUGCACGGAGAAAGGAGGCCAUGCUGCAGGUCCUGUUAUGGCUUCUUUGUUUGGAAACUACGCGUGAAAACGUGUGAGUUUGUGAGGCGCUAUAAUCAUAGUUUUACAAUAUGUGCUAGUGCAUAUGAGUGGGGAGUCUAGGGUCCCUGAUGUCACUAACACUAUACGACUGCAACCUCCGUGACAGCUACCAUAGCAUUGGUAAGAUUGGGGUGGAAUGUUGUGGUUGUUAUUAGUAAUUAUUAAAACGAUGAUUACCAACCCAAUGGUACCGUGGUGCAAAAGCAUUUGUGAAUUAAAUGUAUCGGUGUAUAUUUAGUUGUUAAUAAUAGUGUGAAUGGAUGAGCAGGCAUGAUUUCAGGCGUAUCAAAAUGUUUGUUUUUUGUUUUGUUAUCAGCACGCGAAUGGAUAAUCCAUUGAGUUAGUACUGCUUAUAUAAAAAGAGAGAUUUAUAUUACUUUAUGUGUUGCUGUGUAUUAGCCACUUAUUAAAAAAGCCAUUUUUCCUUUGCUCGUAACAGAUGUAUAAUUUUUAAUGGCUUUUGAGAUCAAUAUGCUAACAAGCUCUACUUAUAUUAUAAAUGAGCUUUAUAUUAAUUAUUAUAUAUGAUUAAGAGAGCGAUAAGGAAAAUGGAAGGGAAUCCCUAUGUGUGCAAGACAUGACCGACCACACACCUCUAUGAUUGACAAUCCCGUGUGCAAAUAAUGGAUACUUCUGCUUAUAAUAUAUAUAUAUAUAUAUAGAGAGAGAGAUAUAUAUAAUAUAUAUAAAUAUAGAUAUAUAGAUAUUAUAUAUAUAUAUAUAUAUAUAUAUAUACAGCUCAUAGUAUUGCAGGAAAAUUGCAGCUCUAGAAUCACUGGAAAAUACCCGUUUUUUCAAAUCGUGUCCUGUGUAGUUUUCUUUGCACUGUGCAGCAUAUAAUAUGUUAUUGGUACAUGCUCUUCACACAAGUGUUUAUAUAUAACGUCCAUUAUAUGUAUCCCUUGUUGCACUGCAAAUGUGAGGCUUCUGCUUUGCAAAGCACCGUGCCCUGCUGUGCCAAUUCCCCAAGUGGCUUGCAAAUGAUUGAAUGUUCUUCACAGACAUUCAUAUAAUUUGUUUAUUUUUGUGAUCGACGUGUCUGUGUGAAAUACAUUUAUUGAAAACUUGUUGAAAUUGCUAAUUUUAGAGAGAAAAAACAUUGCAUGAUGACUGAUCAGUCGCAACCAGAAUUUCUGCCUUCAAUCGAUGUUAAGCUGUUGUCAGUGUGUUCCCUUGAAAUCGUUAAUUAGCAGGUGUAAUUAACCAUUUUGUCAAGUGAUUAUAUAUCUGUGCACCCGGGUGUGGAUCUGGGGAAUUUAUAAUGGUGAAAUUGGGGUUUUACAUGCCAUAUAUCAAGCAUGUACCAUCCAUUUCGGUCGAAAGUGAUAAAAAUAAAUUGUAUCAAAAUUGUUAUUAUAAUUAUAUUCCUAUUCAUAUU